AUUGUAGAUGUGGGGGAGAGUUGGGGCCAGAAGAGUUCAUAAAAAAAUUAAUCAUAUCUGGCUACGUCAAUGGAAACAAUUUUGGUCUUCAUCAAUGACGUGUGAACUGAGACGUCUUACAAAGAGUCUUUACAGAUGAUUUGGGAGGUAUAUCUGUGAGUGGGCAUGUAUUGUGUCUGUGCUCGGCUCCCACACACCAGUAUCGUAAGAAAGGUUGAAAUAAAACAAACCAUAAUUAUUAAAGAAUGUUGUGAUUAUCUAUCACUCUCUGUUCAAGUUUACCUCUGAAGUUUUCUUUUCCAUAAACUCUGUAAUAGUGAUCCGUGCCCGGGCUAUUAAGACAGUCUCUGAUGAACCCGGGUCUAUCACCACCUCGGAGACCAACCACUUCAUUUAGGGACAAGUAUGUCAGCUGAAAUGUCAAACAUCGGCCACAAAACAAUGUACUUUGUAACUCAAUACACAGCUAUUUGCAUUCCAGAGUGAGACCUCGGCCAGUUGGUGGCUGUGGCGGGAAGCGGUGUUGACACGCGGGCGCCGCCUCCCGGAGAUGGUAAACCCGAGGACCUGCCCGACUCCGCCCACUAGGGGCGCCAUUGGUUGAAGGUUUGACGCGAAGCCAAUGAGUGCGAGGAGGGUUGCGAAGGCGGGAAACCCUUGCAUUGAGCGACCAAUGAGUGGAGGUCCUCCAGUUCGGCAGCUGUGCAGCGCAAGGCUCCGCCCCCACGUCACUGCUCCUCUCACUACCUCUCCGGGACUCCAUUAUUACCGCGGGAGGCGCGACAGCAACACGGUGAGCAGGCUCUCUCAUGGACAGAUUCUUUUGCGCGUUUAGCAUGACCACGGUUGCUGCUGUUAAGUGAUUGUGACGGUGAACUGCCUUGCAUUUGUCAGUGGUGUAACUCGGUUGAAUGUGAGAGACAUAAUGGUGCUUGGCCUUGCAGCUAACGUAAGUGCUUCCUCAGGAAGCAGCGUAGGAGGUUCUGGCGGCCCUGUGGUGCCCACUCCGAUUGUGGCGCUACCCUCGCUCUCCUUCACCGCCGCCCAAGUGGCCGCCGUCUGCGAGACUCUAGAAGAAAGUGGUGAUAUGGAGCGUCUUGGACGGUUCUUGUGGUCGUUACCAGUGGCUCACCCGCACCUUCACGACCUUAACAAACAUGAGGCGGUGCUGCGAGCGCGAGCCCUCGUCUCCUUCCACGUGGGGAACUUCCGAGAGCUCUACGCUAUCAUGGAGUCACACAGAUUCUCGAAACCUUCUCACGCACGGCUACAGGCGCUGUGGCUGGAGGCGCACUACCAGGAGGCAGAGCGUCUUCGUGGUCGCCCGCUGGGCCCAGUCGACAAGUAUAGAGUCCGCAAGAAGUUUCCCUUUCCUAGGACCAUCUGGGACGGCGAACAGAAGACCCACUGCUUCAAGGAACGCACAAGAUCUCUAUUGAGAGAGUGGUAUCUGCAGGAUCCCUACCCUAACCCCAGCAAGAAGAGGGAGCUGGCCUCGGCCACGGGUCUCACUCCUACACAAGUUGGCAACUGGUUCAAGAAUCGGCGGCAGCGAGACAGAGCAGCAGCCGCUAAGAACAGGAUGAUGAACGGGCAGCAGGCGGGCGGUGGAUCGUCGAGGUCGUCAGAGUCCCGGGAUACCCAUCACGACGACGAUGAUGACGACCUCAUCAACCCAGGUUCCCCAACGCCCCUAGAUGACAGCGACGACGAGGACCUGUCCUUGGGCACGCACUCCCCGCCUCCUGUGGCUGAGAGUCCGCUUCCCAGCAGUGCCCAGACUGACGGAGGUGUGGUCUCCCCCGCCUCCAACACCACUUCAUCUCACCCCCCGUCUGUCUCCCCGCACCCGGCCAGCAUCUCGCCGCAUCCGGCUAGCAUCUCGCCCCACCCGGCGUCUAUAUCUCCCCACCCGUCGACGACACCGCCGCAGAGCUCUCCGCUGCCGCUGCUGAAGAACGACUCGUCGCCACCAGCCUCCGACCACCACAACCACCAUCACCACCACCACCAUCAGCUCACUACCUCGCUGGAGGUGACCAAACCUUACCUGGUGCCUCCAAUGUCCUCCCUUCCACUUAUGACCUCCCUGGCCACCUCCCUCGCCUCCCCUCUCUCCCUGUCCUCUCUUCCCUUCUCCUCCAUGGCCGCGGGGGAUGGCUUCAAGUUCCCCUCGCACCCGUUCCUCCAUCACCCACAUCCUCUCCUUCACCCUUUCUCCCUCCACCACCCACUGCCGCUAGUCACCCCACACACUCACCCCUUCUUCUCCACCCUACCACCUCACAACCCCUCCGCUACGUGAAUGUCUCCACCCC